CAAAGGCGAUCCGAGCACAAAGCUUCACCACAAUGAGUGAAUCUCGAGAGUCCCGAGAAUCGGAAAGCAAGUUGCCCAAGAUUCCAGAGCAGCAGGAAGAUGCAGCGGCGUCGGCGGCGGCGGAUUUUGAGACAGCCAUCGAUUCAGCUGGCUUUGGGAUGUUCAACAUCCUGCUGCUGGUCGCAGCCGUUCCAGCGGCAAUGGGCACCGUCUACGAAACAUCCACCAUGUCCUACAUCCUGCCCAGCGCCGAGUGUGACCUCAAGUUGAGCCUGCUGGACAAGGGCAUCCUGAAUGCCAUCACGUAUGCGGGCAUGAUCAGUUCGGCGGUGAUGUGGGGCUACCUGGCCGACACGAAGGGCAGAAGGAAUCUCCUGAUCGUGGGCUAUGCCGCCGAUACGUUUUGCGUGUUGGGCGGCGCCCUCAGUCAAAAUCGAAUCCAGCUGAUGGUCUUUAAGUACUUGGGAGGCUUCUGCAUGAGUGGUCCCUUCGCCGUGCUAAUGGCCUAUUUGACGGAACUACAUGGACGGCAGCAUCGUCAGCGCAUCAUGAUGGUGGUGGGCAUUAUGUUUUCCAUUGCCACGCUAACGCUGCCCGGCUUGGCCAUGCUGAUAUUGCCCCAAACGUGGAGCCUCCACAUCUGGACUUUGUCGCUGACAUCAUGGCAAAUUUUCGUUGCCAUCACAGCGUUACCCAGUCUCCUGAGCUUUGUGCUAUUCUUUUUCUUUCCCGAGAGCCCAAAGUUUCUCAUGUCCAAGGGACGCAAUCAGGAGGCCAUGGAUGCCUUCAAAUUCAUCUACCAUCUCAACUCGCGAAAGCCCAAGGACUCGUUUCCAAUAAAAAUGCUGGCCAAUGAAGUAACCGUUCCAGUGAAAAAGCACAAGGAGGGAAAGAGUGUGCCCACAGAAAUCAAACUGCCAAUCGAAAGUGGUGAGGCCCAGGAUCCAGAGAGUCAGGAUUCUAAGAAGAGCUCGCUGCGAUCGGGUUUCACCCAGCUUCGUCCACUUUUCACUAAGCCCUACUUGGGCCUAUCUCUUUGGGUGUACUUGCUCAAUUUCUGCGUGCUAUUGGGGCAGAACACUAUGCGUUUGUGGCUGCCACAACUAUUUGCUUCGAUCAACGAGUACGAACAGUUGAUGGACGGACAGUCGGAGUCGACGAGCAUAUGCAGUAUUCUGGAGUACAGUGUAAAUCGUACCCAAAACCAACUGGAGGCAGCCACUCGAAAUGAUCCCGAUGUCGAGUGCCAUGUGAAUAUCACCGCCUCCACAUACACCAACAAUCUGAUCGUGGCUGGUGCUGGAUUUGUGGCAUAUAUGCUGGCUGGAUUCUUAGUUAAUCUGGUUGGCGUCAAGCGUAUCAUGACCAUGGGACUCUUCAUAGCCGGCUGCUGUUCCAUUAUGAUGUACUGGUCCAAUUCAGCGAUAUCCACAGUGGCGAUUGCUUCGCUUUUUGUGACCAUGGGCAGCAUAUCGGCCACUUCGGUGAUCAGUGCCUCAGUAAAUCUCUUUCCCACUUCACUCAGGACAAUGAUUGUCUCGCUGGAAAUGAUGUUCGGUCGUCUGGGUUCGCUGUUGGGCAACAUUUUUUUCCCGGCAUUGAUGGGAUUGGGCUGUGUGCCCCCGUUCUUGAUGAUCAGUUCGUUUAUGCUGGCUGGCUGUCUGAUGGCCGCCUUUUUGCCGCUGAAAAAUAAGGCUGCUUUGAAGUGAACUGCCGUAACUACAUAGUUUCCAACUCAGAUUUCAUUGCACUGCACUGUACAUAGUAUUUAACUUAGUUCUUAGCUUAGUUUUUCGUGCCCAAAUUUAUUACACUCUUGUUCUGAUUACAUAUUAAUUUAAACCUUUUUUUUAUUAUUGCUUAUUAAUUAAAGCAAUAGCAAGCUGAAUUUUAAGGUCAUUGCUCAAAACAAUUCAAUCUGCAAGGAUAUUUCAAGAUUCGAUUGCCUUUCUUUUCCCAUUUUUUUUUGUUUGUUGUCCUUUUAGCCUUGGCUUAAUUAAAAGUUAAUUUAUUUUAGAUUGAAAGUUUCUAGGAUUAAGCAAUUUGUAUGCAAUUUCGUUUCGCUUGUCAAUUACAUGAAUUUCUCUCCAUCA